UGAACACCUGAUUCUCGUAUUUUGAUUAUUUUCAAUUUUUAAUUUAUUUUUCUGGUAGUUUUUAAUCCCAUAUAAGGUUAUGGAGUCUACAGACAUGGUUUCUUUCGAGCAACUGGAGUUGGCGCAAGACAAUGUAAGUGGUAUUAAGGUUGAAAUUAAGGAAGAAGUUGAGGAAUAUGAUGAUCGAUUAAGUAGUACAGACAUAAGAUACAUUCAGAAUGAGUUAUCCAGAGAAGUAGAUAUUGAAGAUAUUAAAACGGAAACAGACGAAAAUGACUCAGAGUUUCUUCAAGAAAAUUAUUUAGAAGAAGAGUACAACCCUUCUGUCACCGAUGAAAACCAUUUUCAAUGCGAUGUUUGUAAUAAGCAAUUCUUAAGCUUACAGUCUUUUAGGAAUCAUAUGCGAAUCCAUAAAGAAAAAAAAAGUUUAAAGUGUAUAUAUUGUUCUAAGCAAUUUUUAAUUAAAACUAACUUAGAUAAUCAUAUGAGAUAUCACACUGGGGAAAAACGUUAUAAAUGUAAAAUUUGUUUAGAGAAGUUUUCGUACUGGACUACGUGGAACAGUCAUAUGAAUCGACAUCGUGGACGGAAACCUUUUAAGUGUGAAAUUUGUCCGAAGAGGUUUUUACACAAGCUUAGUUUGAAGGGUCAUAUGGAGUGGCAUUCUGGGGAAAAAGCUUUUAAAUGUGACCUUUGUUCAAAAAGAUUUAUGAGGAUGACUGUUCUAAAAAAUCAUAUACGAGUUGUUCACAAUGAGGACAAACCAUUUCAGUGCUAUACUUGUUCUAAGAAAUUUUCUAUGAAAGCCGGUUUACAAUGCCAUUUACGAACGCACACAGGAGAGAAAAAUUUUAGUUGUGAUAUAUGUUCUAAAUCAUUUAGUGGAAAACCCGCUUUAAAGUAUCAUAAAGGAACACACGUUUUAAAAUGUAAGAUUUGUUCUGAGAAGUUUUCCGAAAAAGAUGAUUUAAACAAUCAUAUGCUAUCGCAUAACGAAGAAACGCGUUUCGAGUGCCAAAUUUGUCUAGAGGAGUUUUUAACAGUCGAUCAAUUAAACAAGCAUAUGAGGUUUCACACUGGAGAAAAACGUUCUUAACGGCGUGUUGCAACGUUGGUAAUUAAUGGUUAUUUAUUAUGAAUACUAGAAAGUGCUGAAAUAGUAAUAUAAGUUGAUUAUUUUU